GUUGGGAGGCAAAUUACACCACCUUCAACUAUUUGAGCUGAUUUGGUUGAAGGCAGUAAUCACAGCCCUACUACCAUUGAGACAGUCCAUACAUAAAAUUGUCCAAUAUCUUGUGUUUUUGAUUGAGGAUUAUUCGACUCCACUUCUUCUAUCAGACAAGCCACCAUGGCUCGGUUGAGCUUCCUGCUUGUGAGCUGCCUCACACUGCUCGUCGGUAUCGCCAGCGCCGCUUCCGCCGUCAUUGAUCUGCUUCCCAAGAACUUCGACGAUGUCGUCCUCAAGUCCGGAAAACCCGCUCUCGUUGAAUUCUUCGCCCCUUGGUGUGGCCACUGCAAGAACCUCGCACCUGUCUAUGAGGAGCUCGCUCAGGCUUUCGAAUUCGCCAAGGACAAGGUGACUGUGGCCAAGGUGGACGCGGACGAACACAGAGAUCUUGGAAAGAGAUUUGGUGUCCAGGGAUUCCCGACCCUGAAGUGGUUCGAUGGCAAGAGCGACAAGCCCGAGGACUACAAGGGUGGUCGAGAUCUGGAGAGCCUGUCUGCGUUCAUUGCGGAGAAGACAGGCAUCAAGCCUCGUGGACCAAAGAAGGAGCCUAGCAAGGUUGAGAUGCUGACUGAGUCUUCGUGGAAGUCUACGAUUGGCGGUGACAAGAAUGUUUUCGUUGCUUUCACUGCGCCUUGGUGCGGACACUGCAAGAGCCUCGCCCCUACUUGGGAGACCCUCGCCAAUGACUUCGCACUCGAGCCCAACGUUGUGAUCGCCAAGGUCGACGCCGAGGCAGAGAACUCCAAGGCCCUCGCCAAAGAACAAGGCGUCACCGGAUACCCCACCAUCAAGUUUUUCCCCAAGGGCUCGACUGAGCCCAUCGCUUACAACGGUGCUCGUUCCGAGGAGGCCUUCAUCGAGUUCCUGAACGCCAACGCCGGUACUAACCGUGCCGUUGGUGGAGGUCUCAACGAGAAGGCCGGCACAGUCGCCGCUUUUGACGAGUUUAUCACCAAUUACGUCUCGUCGCCCAACGCCAAGGAGCUUGUUACAGAGAUUAAGAAGGCUGCCAAGGGUCUCCAGGACAAGUAUGCUCAGUACUAUGUUAAGGUUGCUGAGAAGAUCAGCCAGAACGAGGAGUACGCCAGCAAGGAGCUGGCUCGUCUCAAGAAGAUCCUAGAAAAGGGUGGCUCGGCCCCCGAGAAGAUCGACGAUAUUGUGUGUCGCAGCAACAUCCUACGCAAGUUUGUCGGCGAGAAAGACACUGAUGCCAAGGACGAGCUGUAAAUCAUUCCACUGGCUCAAGUGUGUAAGAUUGCACGGAUUUGGAGAUCAUUGACGGGCUUGUUCAAUUGUAUGACUUUUGGCCUAUGAAAUAUGUGUCUGGAACUCCAUGAUGCAUAAAAUGUAGAAACAAGGGCCUGACCCAAGGAACAACAGUUCAAGAAAAAUAUAACAAGAGGCAUCUAUUCCUCAGAAUCCGGAUAGGGUAUCUCUCAAUACGUGAGACAUCAAUACAACAAAGUACACUUGC